AUGCGCGUGUGGAGACCAGCGGCUCUCAGGGAGGCGAGCACGCGACUCAUGGCCGGAACCACCACUGAGGAGAUGUUGCCGGGCGACUCGGUGGCCUCGGCCAGACCGUGGGUGAUGCAGAAUGGAGUUUUUGAGCCAGGUGUCGACGUUCGAUUGGAACUGGGAGAAAACAAGGAGGUCGGGGUUGGGGAUGACGAUGGUGAGCUCGAUGCCUGUGUUGGAAAAGGCCUUGAGGACUUGGAUGUUGGAGUCGUAUAUUCGUACGCAAAGAAAAAUGUGUUGGGAGAAAUUAGAUGGUCAUCUCUACUUGAGGAGAUUGGAUUUGCGUUUCAGCAC